AUGGAUGAGCAAGACUCAGCUGGCCCUGGAGCAGGAAGAGGCCAUGCCAACCAAACUGGGAGCAAUGAGGGAUUCUGGGAAAACCCUGUGCAGAAGAUCCUGGGUGAGGAGGACACCCUCUGCUCAGAGGUGCAGAUCCAGCAGUUCAGGAGGUUCUGCUGCCAGGAGGCCGAAGGACCCCGAGAGGUUUGCAGCCGACUCUACCACGUUGACCGUCAGUGGCUGAAGCCAGAAAGGCACACGAAAGCUGAGAUGCUGGACCUGGUGAUCUUGGAGCAGUUCCUGGCUGUCCUUCCCCUGGAGAUGGAGAGCUGGGUGAGGGACUGUGGAGCAGAGACCAGUUCCCAGGCGGUGGCCCUGGCCGAAGGUUUCCUCCUGAGUCAGGCAGAGGAGAGAAAGCAGGAACUGAGAAAGCAGGUGAGAGAGACUUUCCUCUGGAUACUCCCAAGGGGCUCCAAACAGGAUGGAAAACAUCCCAUAAUGCUCUACUGAUGGCUCAUCCUUUUUCUGGGAAGACAUCCAUGGAAUGAGAUCUAAAACCUUUGAAGUCUUUGUCAUUCUCUUUCUAGUAUUUCUCCCCAUUCUCUGUUUUCAAUCCUUGUUUCUUUUUUAGGAAAAGGAUCAUUUUGCAGAAAUGGACCUGGAUUCCUGUGAGGCAGAGAGGCCUCCGUUGGACACCAGAGAGAGGCCACUGGGUAAGGAGGAAGGUGGUUUUUCUCCGUUUGAUCUCAUUCUGUUGCUUUCCCAACUAAUCUGUGGGUUGUUUUCAUCUUGGUUUAUUUUUUUUGGGGGGGGGGGAGCAGUUGGGACCAAGGGUCCAAAGGAAGUGUCAGGGAAAUGGAGACAGAAAGGGAGAAGGGCCUGCGAAGAGACCUCCUUUGAUCAGCAGCUGUUUGUCUUCAGAAGAGGGAGAAGACGAAGAGGGGUCAGAGGGGGGUGAAUCUGAGAGGGAGGAUGAACUUCCGAGGGCAAGCACCUCUCGUCAUAGAGGAAGGAGGGGGGUUGGGCUUCGACGUUGGCUAUGCUGGCCCCCAAAACGGAAGGAAGUUAGUCGGGACAACUACCCACCAUGAUCGAGUCGCACUUUUGAACUGCUGUAAAUAAUGUCAAGAAGAAAUAAACCCUUUGUAAAUAUGGCUGGGUUCCCAGGCUCUUAUCUCCGCUGAGUGCUCACAACUCAUUUCUGACAGGAAGGGAGAAGGAGUUUUGCACAACUAACAUGAAAUGGGCACAAACGUCCAAAUGCACUCAGCAGGUAAGGCUUUCUGAAAGGCCCAUCUGUCGUUAGAGAUGCCCUGAUUCACCUGUGAGAGAAGCAGGCACUCCUGGCGUCCUGCUUACCUUUUUUCUUUUGCAGGUGACAGAAUGAUGCCGGCAAGACCUCCUUAUCCAUCUUUUCAUGGGGGCAGAUGGGAAGCAGCGGCUCUGGAACCAGAUCAGGUCAGGGGAAGCUGCCUUGUGGGGACAGAGGCCGAGGGGUGGAGCAAUGUCAUGGACUGGUUGGGCACAGAGGAAUGGUGGGAGGAAGCAGCCGGGGAGCCAGGAAGGGAAAACGGUUCAGAGCCCAGGGAGUGGAGGUGGAGGAAGGAUGAGGGAGAAGCCUGGGAAGAGGAGGUGUCAGAAGCUGAAGGGGCAACAGGGCUUAGUGAGCUGGGAGACUCUGUGGCAGAAUGCAGUCCAGAAUCAGAGGCAGAAGAGGAAGGAGGCGAGUGGGAGGAGGGAGGUCGAGAGGCAGAGGUGAGUCAGGAGAAGGAGGAGCCACCGGGGGCUCCCUCUCCUUCUGCCAGAAGCCACCCUCCCUGCUUGUCUCUCAGAGCCAGGAGACGUCUGACAAUGGAGGAGCAAAGGCAAGCUGCACACUGGUGCAUCGCUUGCAAGAAACGCCAGAGAGGAGGGGACUUGGAAAGCUGUGGGGAGCCAGGGGCCUUCACAUACCCUCAGGGAAUGAGUUGCUGUUCUCAUUCGGCCUGAAACUCAGCCAAGUCUGUGAAUAUCGUGUUCUUGCUGAGAAAGAGUUAACUCCAGCUGUGAACUGUGGGUUUUCCUGUCCAUACAACUCUGUGGCGCCAGCUGUCAGGGAGGAUUCGGAGGAGUAAUGGACAGAAGAGGCAGAACAGGGGGCGGAGAGCAGUCAGGGGGAGCCGGGGCUCAGGGAUGCUGAAGAUCCCCUCAACCACCUAGAGGCUCAGGGAGGAAGCUGAGACUCCGGAAGGGAGGAGGCUUUCAAAUCAGCACAGACAAGAAGGGAAAUGAAACGUAAGGAUCAAAGACGUCUUGCGCGGCAAUCGUAGGAAGCCGCUCCCCGAAUCUGACUCAACAGGUUUGGACGCGUAAUUCUGAACUGUAGCUGUUUCUUGUAUAUGUGUAAUAAAGACUGUAAAUACCACACUGACUAUGCCAAAGUGUUACUGUGCAGGGGAAACACCACCUUUACACCAGCCUUCUGAAUAUCGCCAGUAGGAUUCAUCUGUAGUUGCUGUUUUCAUAGAAUUCUAGAGUUGAAAGGGACCCCAAAGGUCAUCAAGUCCAACCCCCUGCAUUGCAGGAAUCUCAGCUAGAUCACCCAAGACAGAUGACCAUCCAGACUAGGCUUCUUUUAUUUCUAUAUUGAACACUGAAUGCUAAAAUAGGCUUCUAAGCAGUGGACAGAUGAUUACAAAUAGUGUCCAGGAUUCUCCUAGCCAGCCCCAUCCGCUGCAAAAUAGGGCCUGCCCCCCCAUUCCUCCCCCUCUCCAUGCCCCCAUGAACCCCUUGAAUUUGGCUCUAGGGCAUUGGGAGGGAACCUCCCCAGAACAACUCACGAGGAGAGGAGAAAGUGGAUCCUUCCAUCGGGGAAACUGGAAUGCUUGCGUAGGCAGAAUAACGUAAACAUAAGCUGGAGUACCACCUAUUUGCAAAAAGACGAAUACCCACAGUUAAAAUGCAGAAUAAAAGAAUUCAAUUAAAGCGUUAAAAUAGGUACUCAUAAUUAAAAUGUGCAGCAAAGCAAUCCUAUUGAAAUAACAGAGCAAUUAACAGGAAGGAAACAACAGAGCAUUGUGUAGCAGAUCAUAUUUCUGCUGUCUCAGAGGAGGACAUUUCCCUUUUCUUUUAGGGUCCAGUGUGCUUUGAAGAUGUUGCUGUUCUUUUCACGGACGAGGAGUGGGCGUUGUUGGAUCAUGACCAGAGAGCUCUGCAUAAGUACGUCAUGGAGGAGAUUUGUGGGAUCGUGGCCUCUCUUGGUAAGGCUCCCUGUGGGAUCGUCCUAUCUGCCAGGAAAUUCAAAAAAUACCUCUAUGUGACAAACCUCAUCUAUUUUCACAGAGCUCAACGGCGCCCCCCACAACACCUGGGAACCUAAUGCCCCCACAAUAAACCUUGAACAGCAAAUUACAGUUUUUUCUGUCAAAAAUCUUCCACCAGUUCUGCCUUUUUAUACUACGAUUCGGCUGGUCAGAACUGCCCAGGCAUCUUAAAUGUCAACUUAAGAGUUGUUAGGAAAGAUAAGUAGUUUCUGUCAGGUUUUCUGUUUUUGUUUUUGCUGCUGUCAGUCUUGGGUUGACCAAAGAGAUGACUGACACUGGAGAUGGAGGGAUGCCAUGACUGGGCCAAACAAAAUCCGUCCCAGAGAAGAGCCAGGCUUAUUGAAUCUCAGGUAGUAGUAGCAGUGAUAGUAAUAGUAAUAAUUUUUAUUUAUCCCCUGCCCAUCUGGCUGGGUUGCCCCAGCUCCUCUGGGUGGCUUCCAACACAUAGAAUCAUAGAAUCAUAGAGUUGGGAGAGACCACAAGGGCCAUCGAGUCCAACCCCCUGCCAAGCAGGAAACACCAUCAGAGCACUCCUGACAUAUGGUUGUCAAGCCUCUGCUUAAAGACCUCCAAAGAAGGAGACUCCACCACACUCCUUGGCAGCAAAUUCCACUGUCGAACAGCUCUUACUGUCAGGAAGUUCUUCCUAAUGUUUAGGUGGAAUCUUCUUUCUUGUAGUUUGGAUCCAUUGCUCCGUGUCCGCUUCUCUGGAGCAGCAGAAAACAACCUUUCUCCCUCCUCUAUAUGACAUCCUUUUAGAUAUUUGAACAUGGCUAUCAUAUCACCCCUUAACCUCCUCUUCUCCAGGCUAAACAUGCCCAGCUCCCUUAGCCGUUCCUCAUAAGGCAUCGUUUCCAGGCCUUUGACCAUUUUGGUUGCCCUCCUCUGGACACGUUCCAGUUUGUCAGUGUCCUUCUUGAACUGUGGUGCCCAGAACUGGACACAGUACUCCAGGUGAGGUCUGACCAGAGCAGAAUACAGUGGCACUAUUACUUCCCUUGAUCUAGAUGCUAUACACCUAUUGAUGCAGCCCAGAGUUGCAUUGGCUUUUCUAGCUGCCGCGUCACACUGUUGGCUCAUGUCAAGUUUGUGGUCAACCAAGACUCCUAGAUCCUUUUCACAUGUACUGCUCUCAAGGCAGGUGUCACCCAUCUUGUAUUUGUGCCUCUCAUUUUUUUGCCCAAGUGCAAUACUUUACAUUUCUCCCUGUUAAAGUUCAUCUUGUUUGUUUUGGCCCAGUUCUCUAAUCUGUCAAGGUCGUUUUGAAGUGUGAUCCUGUCCUCUGGGGUGUUAGCCACCCCUCCCAGUUUGGUGUCAUCUGCAAAUUUGAUCAGGAUGCCCUUGAGUCCAUCAUCCAAGUCGUUGAUAAAGAUAUUGAAUAAGACCGGGCCCAAGACAGAACCCUGUGGCACUCCACUAGUCACUCUUCUCCAGGAUGAAGAGGAACCAUUGAUGAGCACCCUUUGGGUUCGGUCAGUCAGCCAGUUACAAAUCCACUGAGUGGUAGCAUAGUCAAGACCGCAUUUUACCAGCUUCUUUACAAGAAUAUCAUGAGGCACCUUGUCAAAUGCCUUGCUGAAAUCAAGGUAGGCUACAUCCACUGCAUUCCCUUCAUCUACCAGGCUUGUAAUUCUGUCAAAACGAGAUCAGGUUAGUCUGACAUGACUUAUUUUUCAGAAAUCCAUGCUGACUAUUGGUGAUCACAGCAUUCCUUUCUAGGUGCUCACAGACUGUUUGCUUAAUGCUCUGCUCCAGAAUCUUCCCUGGUAUUGAUGUCAGACUGACUGGGCGGUAAUUAUUUGGGUCCUCUCUUUUCCCCUUUUUGAAAAUGGGGACAACAUUUGCCCUCCUCCAGUCUGCCGGGACUUUGCCUGUUCUCCAGGAAUUCUCAAAGAUGACUGCCAGUGGUUCUGAGAUCACAUCUGCCAGUUCUUUUAAUACUCUUGGAUGCAGUUCAUCUGGCCCUGGAGACUUGAAUACAUCUAAACUAGCCAAGUAUUCUUGUACUAUCUCCUUAGUUAUUCUGGGCUGUGUUUCCUCUGCUGAAUCAUUUGCUCCAAAUUCUUCAGGUCGGGCAAUGUUUUCUUUAUCGGAGAAGACUGAGGCAAAGAAGGCAUUGAGGAGUUCAGCCCUUUCUGUGUCCCCUGUUUGCAUUUCACCAUCUUCUCCUCUGAGUGACCCCACUGUUUCUUUGUUCUUCCUUUUGCUACGGACAUACCCAUAAAAGCCUUUUUUGUUGCUUUUAACCUCUCUAGCAAGCCUGAGUUCAUUCUGUGCUUUAGCUUUUCUGACUUUGUGUCUACACGUGCUGGCUAUUUGUUUGAAUUCCUCUUUGGUGGUUCCCCCCUUUUCCAUUUUUUGUACACAUCCUUUUUUAAUCCUAACUCAGUUAAAAGUUCUUUAGAUAGCCACCCUGGCUUCUUUAGGCACCUUCCAUGUUUCCGUCUCAUUCCGUUCUAUUGUUUUCCUCUAUUUCUUUGCAUUGCUCGUUUAAGAAGGCCUUCUUGUCUCUCCUUGCUAUUUUUGGAAAUCUGCAUUCAAUUUCCUGUAUCUUUCACUAUCUCCCUCGCAUUUUGCUUGCCUUCUCUCCCCCGCUAUUUGUAAGGCCUCAUUGGACAGCCACUUUGCUUUCUUGCAUUUCCUUUUCAUUGGGAUGGUUUUAGUUGCUGCCUCCUGUAUAAUGUUACGAGCCUCCAUCCAUAGUUCUUCAGGCACUCUGUCCACCAAAUCUAAAUCCUUAAACCUGUUCCUCACUUCCACUGUGUAUUCAUAAGGGAUUUGACUUAGAUUGUAUCUUACCGGCCCAGUGGUUUUUCCUACUUUCUUCAGUUUAAGCUUGAAUUUUGCUAUAAGAAGCUGAUGAUCUGAGCCACAGUCAGCUCCAGGUCUUGUUUUUGCUGACUGUAUAGAGCUUCUCCAUCUUUGGCUGCAGAGAAUAUAAUCAAUCUGAUUUUGAUGCUGCCCAUCUGGUGAUGUCCAUGUGUAGAGUCGUCUCUUGUGUUGUUGGAAAAGAGUGUUUGUGAUGACCAGCUUGUUCUCUUGGCAGAACUCUAUUAGCCUUUGCCCUGCUUCAUUUUGAACUCCAAGGGCAAACUUGCCAGUUGUUCCUUUUAUCUCUUGACUCCCUACUUUAGCAUUCCAAUCCCCUAUAAUGAGAAGAACAUCCUUCUUUGGUGGUGUCAUUUCUAUAAGGUGUUGUAAGUCUUCAUAGAAUUGGUCAAUUUCAGUUUCUUCAGCACCAGUGGUUGGUGCAUAAACUUGGAUUACUGUGAUGUUAAAAGGUCUGCCUUGGAUUCGUAUCGAGAUCAUUCUAUCAUUUUUGAGAUUUCAUCCCAGUACAGCUUUUGCCACUCUUUUGUUGACUAUGAGGGCCACUCCAUUUCUUUUACGGGUUUCUUGCCCACAGUAGUAGAUGUGAUGGUCAUCCGAACUGAAUUCGCCCAUUCCCGUCCAUUUUAGUUCACUGAUGCCCAGGAUGUCAAUAUUUAUUCUUGCCAUCUCAUUUUUGACCACAUCCAACUUGCCAAGGUUCAUGGUUCUUACAUUCCAGGUUCCUAUGCAAUAUUUUUCUUUACAGCAUUGCACUUUCCUUUCACUUCCAGGCAUAUCCGCAACUGAGCGUCCUUUCGGCUUUGGCCCAGCCGCUUCAUCAGCUCUGAAUCUACUUGUACUUGUCCUCCGCUCUUCCUCAGUAGCAUGUUGGACGCCUUCCGACCUGAGGGGCUCAUCUUCCAGCGUCAUAACAUUUAUAUGCCUGUUGUCUUUGUCCAUGGAGUUUUCUUGGCAGGGAUACUGGAGUGGCUUGCCGGUUCCUGUUCCAGGUGGAUCACGUUUGGUCAAAACUCUCCACUAUGACCUGUCCAUCUUGGGUGGCUCUUCACGGCAUAGCUCAUAGCUUCUCUGAGUUAUUCAAGCCCCUUCGCCAUGGCAAGGCAGUGAUCCAUGAAGGGGAUGAUCCAUGAACAACUUAUACUAGUGGCUAAAAUCAUGGAAACCUUUUUUAAAAGUGUGUUUGAUGGCUCAUAACACCACUUUUUUGGGAAAUGAUACCAUAGGAAAGGGACGCGGGUGGCGCUGUGGGUUAAACCACAGAGCCUAGGGCUUGCCAAUCAGAAGGUCGGUGGUUCGAAUCCCCACGAUGGGGUGAGCUCCCGUUGCUCGGUCCCUGCUCCUCCCAACCUAGCCGUUCGAAAGCACGUCAAAGUGCAAAUAGAUAAAUAGGUACCGCUCCGGCGGGAAGGUAAACUGCGUUUCCGUGCGCUGCUCUGGUUCGCCAGAAGCGGCUUAGUCAUGCUGGCCACAUGACCCGGAAGCUGUCUGUGGACAAACUGGCUCUCUCGGCCAAUAAAGCGAGAUGAGCGCCGCAACCCCAGAGUCGGUCACGACUGGAUCUAAUGGUCAGGGGUCCCUUUACCUUUACCUUACCAUAGCAAAGAUAAUUUAAUGAAGAUUGCAAUGCAAUAACUUUUAUGGAGGAGUAUUUAUUAGAACAGUAGUCAUAACAAAGAAAUGUGAAACGCUUAGAAAAAAGGAGAUAUACAGAAAUUCUCACCAUGUCAAUUAAUACUGACUUCGGUAACCUUUAGCUUUAAUUCCGGCCUUACAACGCCUUCCCAUGGAGUGAAGCAAGGUUUUUAGUUCUGCAGCUGCAAUAAUGUGAAACCAAGACUGAAUUAUUGCCUCUAUUAAUUGGGCUUUAUUGCUGGGUUGCUUCUGACUAACAAGUUUCUUUAGUCGGUUCCCAAGAUUUUCGCUUGGGCUAUUCCCAGGCCAUUCCAGCAGUGGAAUAUGAUUUCACAUUCAGAACACUUCAGUUCAGGCUCAAGUAUUUGAUUUAUGUAUUUGGGGGCAUUGACGUUCCCAUUAAUGACACAAAUUCUGCCCCCACCUUUUGCUGUCAUACAACUCCAGAUCAUCACACUAUCUGGGUGUUUCACGGUCGGUGUAAUGCAAGUAGGAUGUAAAUCUCCCAUUCUCCUCCUCGCGUAUGUCAUACCAUCACUACCAAGCAAGGAGAUUGGGGUCUCAUUGCUCCAAAUAACACUGUCCCAUUGUUCCGCUGACCAGUUACCAUGGGUUUUAGCCAGUUUAAUCUUUUCCACCUUUGCUUGAGAGAUAAUGGCUUUUCCGUUGGAAUUCUAGCAUUAUACCAGUCCUUGCACUCAACUUCACCUUACAUUGCCCCAUGUCAUCUUGUAAACACCCAGAUGAUUUUCUUCUGUCACGUAGGCACAGUCUCUUCAUCCUUCGAUCGUCACUUGCUGUUGUGCACCUUUUCCUUCCUUUACCAGUCUGAUUUUGUAGUGACUGAGUCUCCUUAUACCUCUUCACAAAUAUAGAAAGGCCAGCUUUGGUUAAGUUUUCCUCAAUCUUUCUUCUUUUUUCUUUUUUAAAAAUGAAUAUUUAUUGAAUUUUAUAACAAAUAAAAAUAUCUUAAUCAUGAUGUUAUAUACAAUUGUUCUCCGUCCCGUCCUCCGGAUUUCCCUUGACUCUGUUACAAUAUGAGAACAUCGCAGCUGCAGACAGCCAGCUUGUUGACAUCAUGUGAUAUGGCUAGCUGUUGGAAAGUAAAUUCCGGGAAGUUCACAGGCUUUGGAAGUCUGUGUCCAGUGUGUAAUUUGAGACCUUCCUGUUGUGUUUGUAAAGGAAGUCUUUGUCACUUGCUGGAUGGAAACUGAAGUGAUCGGACACGUUUUCUGUAGAGCUGUAAUGCCAGAAAUAAACAAUAUGUAAAUAGAUUUCUGACUACUCUUCUUUCCCCUGCAAAGGGGGAGAAGUGGGCGUGCAUUUUCCACGCUGGGAAAUGUCGCCUAUAUCAAGAUCUCCCUGGUCUGUCUGGGAACGCAGCCAGAGGCAGAUCACCGGUAAACCAGCUCCGGGAGCAGGGAGAGGGGACAGCCUCUCCAGAUGGGGCUAGUUUUCCAACAAACUCCCCCUCUACUGAGUUAUUUAGUUUUAUUUAUUGUGUCCUGCUUUAUAUAAAAGUAAAUUCCCUUAUCAUUUUGUUAAAAUUUCUAUUACUAUAAUAAAGUUGUGAAUGUUUAUUCAGACCCUGCCAGUGAGUCCAAUCCAUUUUGUUGUUUCUGCAAAUAACCUGUAAAUGGUUCCCAAACUCUUUCAAAAUCCUUUUUGUCCUUCUCUCAUAGUUUCUCUGUUAGCUUAACCAAUUCUGCAUAAUUCACCAGUUUUUCUUACCAUUGUUCUUUUGAUGGUAUUUCUUCCAUCUUCCAAUUUUGUGCAGUCAAGAUUCUUGCCACUGUUGUAGCAUACAUAAAUAAUGUCCAUUUUUCUUUUGGCAGCUCUUGAUUUGAGAUACCUAACAGAAAGGCUUCAGGAUGUUUACCAAAGCUCAUUUUAAACAUUUUUUUCAGUUCAUUAUAUAUCAUUUCCCAAUAUUUUUUAAUGCAUUUGCAUUCCCACCACAUAUGAUAAAAUGUUCCUUCCUUUUCUUUACAUCUCCAGCAUCUCUUAUUUUCUUUCUUAAACAUCUUUGCCAUUUUCACUGGUGUGAUAUACCAUCUAUACAUCAUUUUCAUGUAAAUUUCUCUUAAUAAUAUACAAUCUGUAAAUUUUAUGUCAACUUUCCCCAAUUUCCCCCAACUUGCAACCUGAAUGUUGUGUCCCACAUACUGAGCCCAUUUGAACAUGACUGAUUUAACCUCUUCAUCUUUGGUUUCCCACUCUAAUAAAAUGCUAUAUACCGUAUUUUUCGCUCUAUAGGACGCACUUUUCCCCCUCCAAAAAUUGAGAGGAAAUGUGUGUGCAUCCUGUAGAGCGAAUGCAGGCUGCGCAGCGCUCCGUCUCACUGUUCUAGCUUUGGGAUAGCUGCGCAAAGCCUCCGCAGGGCAGCGGGGUGCCUUCACCCCGCUUCUCUGCGGAGGAAUCAAAGGCUGCACUCCAGGGGCUUCAGGCAGCUAUCCGCAAGCCUUCCGAGUGUGGCAGGAGUUCCCGCUGUGCUCGGAAGGCUUGCGGAUAGCUGCCUGUUCUGGGGGUUGGGGUCGGGGGAAGCCCGUCCCCAGCCCUGCAAGCUCCGGGAGUGGCGGCGAGGUUGCGCUCAAUCUUGCCGCUGCUCCUGGACCUGUUCUGGGGACUGGGGUCGGGGGACCCCGCCCCAGCCCCGCGGCUAAAAACGAAGCCAAGACAGCGAGCGGGAUCCAUCCCGCUCGCUGUCUUGGCUUCUGCCAAAGCCGUACGCAGCCUCUCCCGGCUGGAGAGGUUGGCGCAGCUAAAGAGGAAGCCAAGACAGCCCGCGGGAUGGAUCCCGCUCGUUUUCUUGGCUUCUUUGCUCUUUGGGGCUGGGGGGAGAAAUAAGUUUUUUUCCUUUAUUUCCCCCCCUAUGCGCCCUACGGAGCAAAAAAUACAGUACUUUUUAAAACAAAAUUGAAUAAAAUUGGAAAAAGAAAAAGAAUCCUCCAUUUUUCUUCUAAUUUCUUCAUAACUGAAGCCUUUUUCAUUUAAUAGUACUAUUUUACAUCACCUCUGGGUGUCCAGUCAACUUCUUGUGCCAUUUCUUUAUUUUUAUUAUGUUUUACAAACCACUAAAUGAAAAAACAACAAAUAACCAACCAACAUGAUAGCCAUCACACAACACACUGUCAAAAGUCAACCUAAGCAAGGUGUGCUUCCUUUUUCUGGUUAUUCAGUUUUGACUUUUGAUAGAAUACAGAUACAGAUUACAUUCUUCAUUAAAUUAUCUUUCCAUUGAUACAUAAUUCUAAGGUAUUACUCAAAACAAAGUGGUGUUAUGAGCCAUCAAAUAUCUGAAAUACAUUUUCUCCCCAAAAGGCUUCCACAAUUUUGGCCACUAUUGUAUAUCAAACAAAUCGACAUUCAUCAAUCCAUCAGAAUAUAUUAAUAAAAAUGUUGGUUAAUGACAACCAACAAAGGCAACGAACAAACACCCCACUCCCUUCAGUUCUUGAUUUGUUCCUGAGGCUCUAAUCCCUUUUUUGUCUCCAUUGCAGAUUUUGAUGACUUGGAAAACAAGAACAAGGAUAAACAUGACCAAAACCCCGGAGAGGAGAAGCCAUGCAAAAAUUUGGAAUGUGGAGAGAGCAGCAGUGAGAGGUCCUCUCUCACUUCCCAACCAAGAAUUCUCAUUGGAAAGAAACCCUAUCAGUGCUUCAAUCUCACUUCCCAUCAGAAAAUUCAUAAAGGGGAGAAACCCUAUCAGUGCUUUGAAUUUGAAAAGAGCUUCAGUCUGGGCUCCCAUCUCAUUUCCCAUCAGAGAAUUCAUACAGGGGAGAAAACCUAUCAGUGCAUGGAAUGUGGAAAGAGCUUCAGACAGAUCUCUGAUCUCACUUCCCAUCAAAGAAAUCAGACAGGGGAGAAACCCUAUCAGUGUGUGGAAUGUGGAAAGAGCUUCAGACAGAUCUCUGAUCUCACUUCCCAUCAGAGAAUUCAUACUGGGGAGAAACCCUAUCAGUGCGUGGAAUGUGAAAACAGCUUCAGGAACAGCUCGGAUCUCACUUCCCAUCGAAGAAUUCAUACAGGAGAGAAACCCUAUCAGUGUGUGGAAUGUGGAAAGCGCUUCAGUUGCAGCCAACAUCUCACUUCCCAUCAGAGAAUUCAUACAGGGGAGAAACCCUAUCAGUGUGGGGAAUGUGGAAAGAGCUUCAGCAUGAGCUCCUCUCUCACUAGGCAUCAGAGAAUUCAUACAGGGAGAAACCUUAUCAGUGUGUGGAAUGUGGAAAGAGCUUCAGUCAGAGCUCCGAUCUCACUUCCCAUCAAAGAAUUCAUACAGGGGAGAAACCCUAUCAGUGCGUGGAAUGUGGAAAGAGCUUCAGUAAGAGCUCCUCUCUCACUUUCCAUCAAAGAAUUCAUAGAGGGGAGAAACCCUAUCAGUGUGUGGAAUGUGGAAAGAGCUUCAGUAAGAGCUACCAUCUCACUUCCCAUCAGAGAAUUCAUACUGGGAGAAACCCUAUCAGUGUGUGGAAUGUGGAAAGAGCUUCAAUACGAGCUCCUAUCUCAGUUCCCAUCGAAGAAUUCAUACAGGAGAGAAACCCUAUCAGUGCAUGGAAUGUGGAAAGAGCUUCAUUCAGAGCUCCUCUCUCAUUUCCCAUCAUAAAAUUCAUACAAGAGAGAAACCCUAUCAGUGCGUGGAAUGUGGAAAGAGCUUCACUCAGAGCUCCUCUCUCACUUCCCAUCAUAAAAUUCAUACAAGAGAGAAACCCUAUCAGUGCGUGGAAUGUGGAAAGAGCUUCACUGAUAGCUCCCAUUUCACUUCCCAUCAAAGAAUUCAUACAGGGGAGAAACCCUAUCAGUGUGUGGAAUGUGGAAAGAGCUUCAGUUACAGCCACCAUCUCACUUCCCAUCAGAGAAUUCAUACUGGGGAGAAACCCUAUCAGUGCCUGGAAUGUGGAAAGAGCUUCACUCAGAGCGCCUCUCUCACUUCCCAUCAUAAAAUUCAUACAAGAGAGAGACCCUAUCAGUGCGUGGAAUGUGGAAAGAGCUUCAGUAAGAGCUCCAAUCUCACUAUGCAUCAGAGAAUUCAUACAGGGGAGAAACCCUAUCAGUGUGGGGAAUGUGGAAAGAGCUUCAGUCAGAGCUCCCAUCUCACUUCCCAUCAGAGAAUUCAUAAUGGGGAGAAACCCUAUCAGUGCGUGGAAUGUGGAAAGAGCUUCACUCAGAGCUCCUCUCUCACUUCCCAUCAUAAAAUUCAUACAAGAGAGAAACCCUAUCAGUGUGUGAAAUGUGGAAAGAGCUUCAGUACAAGCUCCUCUCUCAAUUCCCAUCAAAGAAUUCAUACAGGGGAGAAACCCUAUCAGUGUGUGGAAUGUGGAAAGAGCUUCAGGAAGAGCUGCUCUCUCACUUGCCAUCAAAGAAUUCAUACAGGGGAGAAACCCUAUCACUGUGUGGAAUGUGGAAAGAGCUUCAGUUACAGCCAGUAUCUCACUUCCCAUCAGAGAAUUCAUACAGGGGAGAAACCCUAUCAGUGCAUGGAAUGUGGAAAGAGCUUCAGUCAGAGCUCCCAUCUCACUAAGCAUCAAAGAAUUCAUACAGGGGAGAAACCCUAUCAGUGCGUGGAAUGUGGAAAGAGCUUCACUCAGAACUCCUCUCUCACUUUCCAUCGGAGAAUUCAUACAGGGGAGAAACCCUAUCAGUGCAUGCAAUGUGGAAAGAGCUUCAGUAAGAGCUCCAAUCUCACUUUUCAUCAGAAAAUUCAUACAAGAGAGAAACCCUAUCAGUGUGUGGAAUGUGGAAAGAGCUUCAGUACAAGCUCCUCUCUCAAUUCCCAUCAAAGAAUUCAUACAGGGGAGAAACCCUAUCACUGUGUGGAAUGUGGAAAGAGCUUCAGUUACAGCCACUAUCUCACUUCCCAUCAGAGAAUUCAUACAAGGGAGAAACCCUAUCAGUGCAUGGAAUGUGGAAAGAGCUUCAGUCAGAGCUCCCAUCUCACUAAUCAUCAGAGAAUUCAUACAAAC